AUGACCCGACUGCUCUCCUGCUGCCUUAAUGCAGCCUGCAUGGGUCUGAUGGAUGCUGGUCUCCCCAUGAGGUCGCUGUUUUGUGGGGUAAAAUGCGCACUGGAUAAUGAUGGAAACAUAACCCUUGACCCUAAUGUUCGGCAAGAGAAGGAAAGUCGAGCAGUGCUAACAUUUGCUAUUGAGAGCUUGGAAAGGAAAGUGUUAAUGAUGUCAAGUAGAGGACUGUAUUCUGCCACAGAGCUCCAGCAGUGCAUUGCAGCCACACAACUCGCAUCCAAGAAGCUGUUCCAGUUCUACAGAGACUUCAUAACAAGGAGAUAUUCUAAAUCCUGAGAGGAAAACACGUUGCUUGUCAGACUAGAGGCCAUGCUGAACAGAUAUUUAACUUUGCACCCUGAAUUUCUACCUUGUUCUUCCCAGUCUUACCUUAUAAUGUUUCUCCUCCAUGCCUCUUCUUUCUGCCCUUUUCCAUCCCCCUUUUCAUAAUGAAUCAAGCCUUUUUACCCCCACUGUAAUUAACUCGAGACCACAUACUAAAUGGAGAGACAUUGUAGGGUAUAUUUUUUUUAAUUCCCAAUUAUAAACAGUAAUGUUCAGUGUUCCAUGUCUCCCAUUAUACUGAGUCAGCCAAUGGCUGUCUCCAUCUACUCCCACACCCUACGAAAAAGUUUGGGAACCCCUCUUAAUUCUUUGGAGUUUUGUUUAUCAUUGGCUGAGCUUUCAAAAUAGCA